AUGGCGUUGCACACUUCUCGGAUUGUUGAUUUGGAAACUCAGAUGGCGGAGGUACGUGUGCAGAUCAAUACGCAGCAUCAGGAUCUAAAGGAAGCUAUUUCUGCGUUGGCUGCGUCAACAAAAGACAAUAUCAAUGCAUUGGCGGCUUCCAUCACUUGCAGGUGGGAGAAGUCAUCGGUUCAGUCACCGCCUCGCGCCGAUGCGGGUACCUUCGACGAGCCUCAGCAUUUUCGUCACCAGCAACGCCAUUCGUAG